AUGGCCAGAAUAUCCUGGUAUCAAGAGAAGAUUGGAGCCUAUGACCAACAAAUCUGGGAGAAGUCUCUGGAGCAGGCAAAUUUAAAUGGUUUGGACAGCAAGCCCAAAAAGACCGGCCACAUCAAGAACGAUCUCAUCGACGUCGACUUAGUUCGAGGUUCCACUUUCAGCAAAGCUAAACCGCAGAGUCCCUGGACAGCGUUGACUCGCAAGGGUUUGGUCCGUGUGCUGCUUUUCCCCUUCUUUUUCUCAUGGUGGAUCCAGGUCACCUCCAAGCCCAUCUCCUCAUGCAUUCUACUGCUCUACUUCAUGCAAGUGGCUGCCGUGAUACUCUAUGUGGAGGUCCCCGGGGCAAGUGCCAGCGAGGUAUUCGGGCCGUUGUGUUUAAUGCUGCUACUGGGAACUGUGCACUGCCAAAUUGUGUCCACCGAGUGCAGCCGCUGGCCCUCGGGCGAACCGUCUGCUGGCGACGGCAUCAGCGGAAGCAGUCCCGCUCGCAGGAGGAGGCCUAGGAAGGGAAGGGGGCAGAAGAAAUUGGAUGAGAAGAAUGAAAGAGAGGACAAAGAGCCGCAACUGCCAUUGCCGUUAGAGGAAGUUCAGCCAGCGAUGAAAAUGGGCAAAGGAAAGUCGAGCUUCGGCGCAUCAGAUGAACUCUCGAGUGAGGAAGAGGGUGGUGUGCAACAGGUGGAGGGGAUUCCCGCGGACCCCUGGCUGCCAUCUGCACUGCCAUCUUCUGUGCGGAACAGAAAGACCGCCACCAAAGCUGCUGUCAGGGCUCCGGAAAUAGCCGGGGCGUUCAGGAUAAAGCCGCGAGAAGUGGAGCGCUUACGGCCGAGCGGGGGCUCCCGACCGGCCUCCGACACUGAUGAAACCAUGUGGGAGGAACUCCUCCAGGACCCCGACUCUGCCUCCACGGGGAGCAGUGACAGCGAGGACAACGGGAGGUUCGCCAGCGGCCUUGCACUUAAGCAGAACAUCACGCUGAGCAGUGACGACGAGAGUCUGAAACAAGGCAUCGCAGGGCACCAACUAUCCUGGCUUCAGGCAUGCCACCCUUCCAGGGACAGAGUCAGCGCCAUCAUAUGGGAGCAUGGCGAGUGUAAGAAAGCAGACAUGUCUGUUCUGGAGAUCAGCGGGAUUAUCCUCACUCGGGUGAAACUUGCAGAGCAGGGUGUGGGCUACCUGGUGUUCGGUGGGCUGGUAACGGCCACGUUGGCGCUCCUUCCCUUCGCCUUCCGCCUGGUGCAGCGUCUGAGCAUGUCCAACCCCGGAUCGCCCUCGGCGGCUGAGUUUCUGGAGGUUGCCUUUAGCCCAGCCAGUGUGCACGCCUAUGCCUUCUUCUUCAUCACCACUGUGCUCAGAGUGUGCCUAACAGGGCUCUUCUUCUUCAUGAUGUGCGUGGCGGAGAGGACCUAUCAGCAGAGACUUUUAUUCGCCAAACACUUCAGCCACCUGACAUCUGCUCGCAAAGCCAAGAAAUCGGAAAUUCCUCACUUCCGACUGAAGAAGCUCCAAAACAUCAAGAUGUGGCUGUCCCUGCGUUCCUUCCUUAGGAGGCGAGGGCCGCAGCGCUCCGUCGACGUCAUUGUUUCCACCAUCUUCCUCCUUGCCCUUUCCAUCUCAUUCAUCAUCUGUGCACAGCUUUUGCAAAGCCACAAGACCUUCCUGGAUUCGCUGACUAACUGGGAACUGAUGUUGUGGGCCUCCUCGCUCAUCCUCUUUCUUCUUCGACUCGCCACCCUGGGGUCUGAGACCAACUGCAAGUACAGCAACUCCUCAGUGCUGCUUACUGAGCAGAUUAAUUUGUAUCUGAAGAUUGAGAAGAAACCCAACAAGAAGGAGGAGCUCAACAUUGUGAAUAAUGUUUUGAAACUGGCUACGAAAUUGAUGAAGGAACUGGACACGCCGUUCCGCCUUCUCGGCCUGACCGUCAACCCGCUCAUCUACAACAUCACCAGGGUUGUCAUCUUGUCGGCCGUGUCUGCAGUAGUCAGUGACCUGCUGGGUUUCAACAUCAGACUGUGGAAAAUCAAAUCCUAA